GCAAUCCAACACAUGUGACAUCACAAGAAACUUGAAACUGUGGGUUGCAGGAGCCCUCCCUCUUCACUGCCUGCUCCCACAUUUGGUUUCCUCUUCCCCACCUCUCCCCGGGACAGUCUGUGCUGCUCUGCUGGCCUCCAAAAAAACCGAGCCAGUGGGGUUUUUUUUUGUUAUCUUCCCCUGCCCCAAACUAUCACCUCCUGUAAUCUGGACUUCACCACACAGGUUCUUCCACUGCUUCAGAGUCACCUGGACCUGUGUCUGGAGAUUCCCUUUCUAUUCCUCUUGCAAAGUUGAAUCUAUUUGAAGAUAUAACAGCCUCCGGAACCUGUCACAAGAAUGGAAAUGCAGAAGCUGCCAAAUGGUAAUAACCACCAUGACGCUGACGUAUCUGUGGAGGGAGGACUCCCACCAGAGAAAGCAACCCUCUUGCAGCACAUGACUCUUACACCAAAGAGAACCCAGUUCACAGAUUUUGAAGGUAAAACAUCAUUUGGAAUGUCUGUGUUCAACCUAAGCAACGCCAUCAUGGGCAGUGGCAUUCUGGGUCUGUCGUACGCCAUGUCCAACACUGGCAUCGUGCUUUUCCUGAUCCUGUUGAUGUGCAUUGCUUUUCUUUCCUGUUAUUCCAUCCAUCUGUUGCUAAGCAGUGCUGGAGUUGUGGGUAUUCGUGCCUACGAGCAGCUUGGUCUUAGAGCGUUCGGUCAUCCAGGGAAGAUCAUGGCAGCUGUCAUCAUAACACUACACAACAUUGGAGCCAUGUCCAGCUACCUGUUCAUUGUGAAAUAUGAAUUACCAUUAGUUAUCCAAGCCUUUCUUGGCGAGACGACCAGCUUGGACAACUGGUUUAUGAAUGGAAACUACCUCAUCAUGAUUGUCUCUGCCUGCGUCAUCCUCCCGCUGGCCCUGAUGAAACACCUGGGAUAUCUCGGUUACACCAGUGGAUUCUCGCUUUCCUGCAUGGUUUUCUUUCUCAUAGUGGUCAUCUACAAGAAAUUCCAAAUCCCUUGCCCUCUGGAAGUGUUUGGUAACCACUCAGUGAUUUCCGUCGUCCCAGAAGACACGUGCACUCCCAAAUACUUCACCAUCAAACAAGAGACAGCAUACACCAUCCCCAUCCUGGCCUUUGCUUUUGUGUGUCAUCCUGAGGUGCUUCCCAUCUACACUGAACUGAGCAACCCAACCAAAAGAAGAAUGCAGAAUAUCGGUAACGUUUCCAUCCUGGGGAUGUUCAUCAUGUACUUCUUCACUGCCACCUUUGGUUACCUCACAUUCUACGAAGGCACAGAAACAGAGCUCCUCCAUACCUACAGUAAGGUGGACCUUCUGGACACACUGAUCCUGUGUGUGCGGCUGGCUGUUCUAGUAGCCGUCACUCUGACUGUACCUGUGGUCUUGUUUCCUAUCCGCCGUGCCCUCCUGCAGCUGCUGUUUCCUGAGAAGCCCUUCCACUGGCUCCGUCACAUUGCCAUAGCAGUGGUCCUGCUGUUUGCUGUCAACCUGCUGGUCAUCUUUGUUCCGAACAUUCGUGACAUCUUUGGCAUCAUUGGAGCAACCACUGCUCCCAGUCUGAUAUUCAUCCUUCCUGGACUGUUUUACAUUCGCAUCAUCCCCACUGACCAGGAGCCCAUGAAGUCCAGACCAAAGAUUCAGGCGGCGUGUUUCACAGCCCUGGGGUUCAUAUUCAUGACCAUGAGCCUGACAUUUAUCGGGAUUGACUGGACGAGUGGAGAGAGUCGAAACCUUGGUGGCCAUUAGAGUUGCAUCCUGAAGCCCUUCAGUAAAAGCCGGCCACUGGUGCACUCCACUUCCUCCUCCAGGAUCCUGGACACAAAGCAAGAUUCAAUCUACUGCAGGAAGGCUUGUGGCUUUCUGGGGAUCAUUUCAUUAUUCAUACAAGCAGUUGGUUCUUCCAGGGUGUUACGAGGAGGUUUUGUGCUGUCACAGGUUAUUAUACAUACUGUACCACCAGGCGUCAUCAGAGGCAGAAUCCUGCACGGGUCCAUUAUUUUUUAAAUGCAAACCUGCAGCCACAAAGCUGUGUACUGGACCCAAUACAUUACUGACUACUUUCUCCAAGUAAAACCUAUUUCUGUCACCCCCAUGAGGAAUUCUGAGUAAAUAGAAACACUGCCAGUGCCUCAAUAUGUUGUAAGGGAUCCAGCACCACCCCACCCGCACCGCUACUGUUGCACAAAGCGUUUUUCACAUCAAACUGCUAGAAUUACCUUCUAAAACUUUGUGGGUGUUCUUGGUGAUUUCAGCUACAAAACUCAAACUGUUGCUGCUUUUUUAUCUUGCUUAACUAGUUGCCGGUGUGGGCUUCCUCUUUGCCUCGGAAUUGUCGGAAUUGACAUAAAACCUAUUAUGUCCUGUGUGGAGCGCGGGAAUGUUGCCAAGCAACACAUCAACAAAACACUGCUAUACUGAUAAUUACAGAGUCAUGUUGAGCUGAUGCUUCCCCAGCAUUGUGUGUUCUCAUUAAAUGUUAUGGAAUAAAGCUUUAAAUUUGGACCCAUUAACUAAUGUCCCAUGACCACCAUCUUGAUCAUCUUGGUCAUUCACAUUGAAUAGCUUUACUUUCAACUGCGUAGAUUAUACAGAGAAUACUCACGUGUGUAUAUCUGCUCGAUCACUUUGAGUGUCUCAUGUUGCCGAACUGCAUUAUGGGAUUUGUUCCUCCGUUUUCUUGUACUGUGUGCAGAAAUUGAGAAUUGUUCCACUUUCCAAGUGGCAGGGCGACCACCGUCGAAUCAAAUCAGGUAAUGCUAAUAUUUUUAGCAUAAGUUUUAGCCACACAGGUCAUUUUUUUGGUAAAGUGCUAGCAGCAGUAGACUUGUUUAUGUUUGACAAACUGGACCUCAAAACGGUGCACACCAUUAGCAUGUUUCGCUGGUUUCUUAAAGCUGCUGUGGCUACCUAAAACUUAAAUCGUUCUACCCUUCUAACUUGUGCUAAGUGCAGCUACUUCCUGUUGAAACAGGCUACUUCCUGUUGAAAUAGGCUACUUCCUGUUGAAACAGGCUACUUCCUGUCAUAACAAUUUACAACAGUUUCAGGGAUUGUUAAAUGAAAUAAUAUCAUCAUUUAUUGGAGUAGUUAUUA